AUGUCAACUGCAAAUAAUUCGUCUGGUAAUGGAGUAUCUUCAUCGUUUGAUCCAGUGGCAUUCUCUCAUUUAGCUCGAUUUUGGAUGAUUCUUCCAUUCUAUGUUCCAUCA